AUGGAAGGAACUUCUAACGAAAAAGAGACCUCUAUUAAACCAGAUAAAAAUAAUAAAAAAAAGGAUGAUAUGGACCAUAAUAAACAAAGUGGUAAUAAUCCAAUUGAAGUUCAAUAUAAAGAGGAAGUAGAGAAUAUUCUUGAUGGGAAUCAUCCUAGUUUAACUCCAAAAUCGUUGAAUAAUCGGAAAAUAGUUAAUCAUUCAGGACGUAGUACAUAUUUGACAUGGCUGUUUCAGAAUGGACUAACUGAAAAACAAAUUAUGGAUAUUUCUGGGCACAAAUCAUUGAAAGCAUUGUUGGUGUAUAUAAAACCGACUUUGAAUCAAAAAUCAUUAAGUGUAAAAUCAUUAAUAGAUUUAGCAUUAGAUACUAACAAGUCAACUGAUAUUAAGGAAUCAAAUAAUCAAGCUAUUAAUAACGAGGAUGUGGGAAUUAUUGAUUUAGAAAAUGUUGAUGAAUUGAUAAAAGGAAAUGAAGAUUCUACAAGCGAAAUAAUCGAAAGUGCUUCCAUAGAUUUAAAUUCAAUGAAUUAA